AAUAAAACCAAGACAAGUGAAAAAAUCAACACAGCACUACCAAGAGACCAUUCUCUUCUUUCCUCCCAGACAGUUCAGUUCCUCACGCUUCGCUUACUUUCUCUCUCUUUUUUUCUUUUCAAUCACUGAAAUCGUGUUUCUCGUCUCGCCAUACGCGUUUUCUUGAAACCCUACCUUACCCAUUUCUCCCUCACACUUUCUCUUCAACUCUGAAGCUUCAAGGUUCAGUGGACUCUGUGUUUCGUUCACAAACUCCUUCAAGAGUAUUUCAUGUGGUCAUUUUAUGGAGCUUUUUUCAUAGACACGAACUGGGGUUUCAUGAUUUUUGGUUGAAUAUUAAUUUAGAGAGAUUAGUUUGGGAUCCACCUGCAAAGUUUCAGUAUUUGUGCUGAAUGAUGUCUCAGCAGCAAAACCAAAACCUACCUGCGGUUCCACAAUCUCUGCUACAACAAACGGGUUUUGAAGAUGCUGUUAAACCCUUCUCAUUAAGACAGUAUGUUCUUGCUUCUCGUCACAGAAAUUUCUUUCAAAACUGGCCAUUUCAUGAGAAGCACUUGUGGUUGUGUCUUAAACAUGGCCUCAAGGAGAAGGAGGUGUUGCCACCAUUCGGAAGCCAAACUUCACUUACUGAACCACUCAAAGAUAGUGCUAACUUGAUGCAUUAUUCAUCAAGUGAUAAUAAUAAUAAUAGUAAAAAAGAAGCUGAUUCCUGCAAAGCUGAAUAUGAUUACCAUCCACAAGCUAUGAAAAAUGACUGUGACUACAAAGUGAAAGAGGGAAAUGAACAACACUGCAGCAAUAUUUCUGCCAAUUUAUCUCAGCCAAGUUCAACUCAUGCUCACAAGAUAAGUUCACUAAUGCAGAAGGCAGUGAAAGACAAAUGCAGAAGGCGUAAAGGGAGAUGCAAGAAACGAUCCAUGGUGGAUAUUUUAGCAGUGGCACGACACAGUACUUUAGAGGAGAUUCAUAUGAUGAAUAAGUUUUAUUAUGCAGAAACUAAGAUCGAAGAAUAUCAGCAAACGGUUCCGUAUGGGAGUGAAGAUGCAUAUGAUGGUGAUAUGGCACCAAAGGGGCCAUUGCUUCUUAAGUUCAAGCUCAAUGGAUGUAAUGUAAAUGGAUAUUGCAGAACAUAAAUAAAUUCUGUUCAAUUUUA